AUGGAAGAGGUUCCGGCCCCGGCUGUCUCGGCUACCGUCCCACUGGAAGACGACGAAUUGGACGAGCCUGACGCAGCCAUCUGUGUCACCCCGUCCAAUCGGCCUCCGACACCUAGCCCUACUCAAGCGCCUCCGGACGUAUCGCCGACUCCACCGACGACACCCGUUGAGGCGCAGGCCCGGAAGGAGCCAGUUGUGAAGAGGAGGAAGGCGAACACUCCCCCGAGCUCAACACCACCCAAGCCAACUCGCCCCUCCAAACCGCCGCAGCCGAGGACAGAACCAGAGGGAUGGUGGGUCACUGCAGGCCGGCCGUCUCCAACAGCGUUACCAGCAGCUGGUGAAGACGAACCUCUCCGAUUCUCGGAACUGGCGGCGGAGCGCGAAGAUCAACAAAAGAAGGAGAGCGCAUACAAACGGUGCGACUACUUCACGUUUCGCCGAGCCGACUGGAGAACCGGUCGAUGA